AUGUCUAAGCAGGAAUGUUCAACGGCGGCUGUAGAUAGGAUCGGAAGUUUACCGGAUGAUACAUUGAUUCACGUUCUCUCUUUUGUUCCCACCAAAAAAGCGGUAGCCACAUCCAUUCUUUCAAAGCGAUGGAUUCAUCUUUGGUGUUACGCUCCCGUUCUCAACUUCACCGAAAGGAAAUUGGAAGGCCAAGAAUCCGUUUUAUGCUUCCACAAAUUUGUCUGCUCCGUCUUGCACUCACGAGAAGCAGCCGGCAAUUAUUCCAUCAACACUUUCAUCCUCCACAUUGAAUACUUCUUUGCUGACGCGCCAAUCCCUAAAUUGCCUAUAAGUGACCUUACAACCCUUGUUGUUCUCAAACUCCAUCGGGUGUCGUCUAAGACUUUUGAUUCUAUUUCAAACUUUCCCUCGCUCAAAACCCUACACUUGAAAGACAUUUACUUUGAUCAACUAUCUAACGUACAGUUCUUCAGAUGGAUGCUUGUAGAUGGAUGUCCAGUUCUUGAAGACCUUCAACUAUCUAACAUAAACUUCUUCAUAUGUUACACUCAUCAUUCUUUUGAUGACUUUGAAAACAGCUCAAUGCUAAGAAAGUUGAACAGAGCAGAUAUUACCGACUGUGAAUGCUAUUUUCCGGUGAAAUCACUUUCAAAUUUGGAAUUUUUACACAUACAACUAUACGAGGUUUAUCACCCUUAUGACUUUCCUACGUUCAACAAUUUGACUUGGUUAUUGCUCAACUAUGAUUGGGAUAUAGUUGUUCAAGUGCUCCAUCAUUGCCCUAAGCUUCAAAAUCUUGAACUUUAUCAGGUACGAGAUGACGACGAUUGGGUGUAUGAAUCCGAGUUAAUUAAGAAAUAUUAUCAAGAAAAAGAAAAUUGGGCCAAUCCAGAAUUUGUUCCAAGUUGUCUUACAUCAAACCUUACAACUUGCACUAUGUGGGACUUUGCAUAUGCAGGCCAACAACGUAAUCACAUUAUGCUAGCAAGAUUUAUUCUGGAGAAUGCAAGAGUUUUAGAAACUAUGUCAAUGUGGUGCUACACGAAAGGGUCUAAAGUAGAAUUAGAAAGAGUAUUAUCAUCAUGUCAUAGGGCUUCUUCAGCAUGUCAACUCUCAAUGUAUUGCUUGUAG